AUGAGCUUUAAGAUUCUCGAUUUGGGCAUAGCUGCCAGUAUUUUUCUUGCACUUUACGUUCUUUAUAACGUAUCUAGUAUUUACAUAUUCAUCAAAAAAGGAUGGAAAUCCGUCUACACCUUUUUAUUGAUUUAUGGUCUCAUUAGGGUCGGAGGUCAAAUUUCAGGUGUAGGAUAUGCGGCUGCAGGGUAUUAUGAAUGGAAAUGGUUAAUUGCAUAUUUGAUCAUGAGUGCUGAAGGGUACUUCACAUUGGUCUUAUCAACUUUGUAUUUUCUCGUGAAAGAACAAAUGAUUGUGUUCGGGAAAUCUCCCUUGAUGAAACCUUUGGUUUGGAAAAUGUCAUAUAGGGUAUUAUUCCAUUAUUCUUUGAUCCCCGCCAAUGCCAUGAUUAUCGCAGGUGGUUGUAUGUUGACAGGUUUAACACCUGGAGAGAAGGAAUAUAAUCAUCAGUUGGUUACAUCUAAAGCAUUAAGAUCUGUGGGUCUGAUAAUUUUCUUGCUCAAUUCUUUGUCUGUAGCAGGUUUAACACUUUAUAAUUAUUUUGUGAAGAGGCUCCGUACUAAGACUAUGAUUGUACUUAUGUUCAUCAUUCCUUUCAUAACUGUAAGAGGUAUCUACGGAAUUCUUUCAAUUUUCUAUGACGAAAUGAGUUACUUCAAAAUUCAAAAUUACUUCGAUGAGACUUCAAGUGCUAAAUUAACAAUCUAUGAGUAUACCCUCGCACUUGCAAUGGAAUUCAUCACAGCAUUUUCACUUUUGUCUAUCUAUUGGCUUAAGAGAUGGACUCACGAAGUCGAUGCUGUACCAAAGGGUGAUGCUGAAAAUUUGACUGACAAGACCAAUGAGGUUGCCACCACUUACUCUGAUGAAACAAGUGCACCCUCAGCACCUAAAGAACAUGGAUUAGCUUAUAGAAUAUUCUCCAAGACCUUAAUCGGCAGAUUAGUCAUUUACUUGAAAAAUAGAAAAUAA